UUGUUCACCGGCGUUUGAGAGGCGCGCGGUACGGAUAUAGACGAAUAUUGAUCGCGCUGAAUAGCAUUUACAGUCGGCCGACGACAUAGACUGGCCAAGUAAAUUCUUCAUGUCAAUCCGAUUUGUACCGCUAAGGUUAAUACACCAACUUUUAAUCAGGAUGGAAAAUACGUUAACUUUCUUCCUCCUGGCUACCUUUCUGCCUUAUUUAACAGGUGACAUACAUGUAGAGAAAAUAGAAAUCAUGCCUUCUGGUAGUCCUGUGUGGAUGCUGGAAAAUGAACCAUUUAAAAUAGCGUGUGAAAUAACCAUGACAGUAGAUGAUGGUUCUCCUCAGGUACAUGAUAUAACCAAAAACGGAUUUCCUAUCCAGCAACAAGGGUAUACAGUAACCACUACUGAGUCUGUGAAAGAUGAAAAAAAGAUUUUAGUUCAUACCGUAACCAAGGAAGCCACCUAUAUGGAGGAUGAAGGUCGUUAUACAUGUCAAGCUGGUGUGAAAGAUGAUAUUAAGAUAAUUAAAGUUUUUACAGUUUACACCCAAGAUACAAAUAUUACAAGUGGUGAAGAUGCCUCUAUAAGAUGUGAUCCAGAACCAAGUGUUGAGCAACUCAAGGUUAUAUGGUAUAAGUUUGAUCAACCACUGGAAGCUAUACCUGGUUUAUUACCACGUUUGAAAUUAUCUGACGCUAACCAUACUCUUACUAUCAAAGACGCCACUGCAGCCGAUGCUGGCGAAUACAAAUGUUCUAUUAUAUUUUACGAAGAUACAACCAUAGAACAGAAAUUCGAAAAGAAAGCAAAAAUGUUUGGCAAGCCUAAAAUAUUGGAAGAAAAGUCCUCGGUAAAUGGUUUGAAGGUUAUGAAGAACGAGACCUUGAACUUGAUGUGUACAGUUACUGGAUACCCAACACCUGAUGUCGUCUGGCUCAAGAACGGAGAAAUCAUCAAAGAACAAAAUAUUGGUGAAAUGAUGAAAGCCCCGUUUACAUUAACUCAUCCUAUUAAAAACCUUUCUAAAUCUGACAUGGGCGAAUAUUCUUGCUCAUUUGAAAAUAUGAUGGGCCGAGUAACCAGAUCAUUCGUAGUGGACAUAUUAGGUUUCGAAGUGAACCGUGGUGCAAGUGUUAUGAUGUCAGAUUUCUCGACUUUGAUUAGCUGUUUUGGGGUCUUCUUGUUUCUCUUAUUGAAGGCUGCAUAGACUUUUGGAAUAAAGCCAUGCGUCAGUAUGAAUAUUAUAUCGAGGGCUUCAUGAUUUAUCAUUUUUAAAAGAAUUUUUUUUUUUCAUUUUAUUUUAUUCAGCAGCCGACUACUCCUGUGGAUAGACAACAUUAAUAAGACUUGCAUGCGAUACUGGCUUCAUUUGUGGGAUAUCUCUGUUAAUGUAUAGUGAUUGAUGAAGUACUAAGGCAAUGCAAAACUGACGAGCACCAUCCAACAAUAAAUCUAAAGACGGAUGAAUUUGUCGGUAUAACUACAAGAAAAAAUCCAACUAGAACAAAAUGAAAUGUGAGGUUAAAACGUGCCAUUAAUAUCCAGAAGUUUCUGAGGUGAGGAGUAUCAAAUGCUGCUGUUUUGUGUAUAUUUUGAAGUGAUAAUGUUACUAUUAUCUUUUGUGGACAGCUAAUCCAGAUUACUAAUACAAAAUGUUAUAUAGCCAGUUCACAACUGUAUUAUCGGGGUUCAGUGAAGCAUUAGAACUCGUGGAGAACCGUGCGGUUUUUUAUUUUAUUUAUUAUU